AUGACUGAAGACGUGGAAAAGAAUCCUGGCGUUCCCUAUGAUAAAUCCGCUGGUAGUGGUGUACCAGUGGAGGAGGGAUAUAUCGAGCAACAAAAUGGUGGUUUCGUGAGAAACUUUGUUGAUAGUUUCAAACCUAUUGACUUGUCUGAUUUGGAUACUGAGGGCAUGACUCCAGUUGAAAUCGCUGCUGCUGCCACUGCUAGAUCUCCUUUAAAACGGUCUUUAAAAGGUCGUCAUUUGCAAAUGAUUGCUAUUGGUGGUGCUAUUGGUACUGGUUUGUUUAUUGGUAGUGGUGGUUCUUUGGCCACUGGUGGUGCUGCUGGUGUGUUGAUUGGUUUCUCUUUGACCGGUGCUAUGUUAUACUGCACUGUUCAUGCUCUUGGUGAAUUGGCUGUUCGUUUCCCUGUUUCUGGUGCUUUCUCUACUUACUCUACUCGUUUCCUUGAUCCUUCCUGGGGUUUUGCCAUGGGCUGGAAUUAUGCUCUUCAAUGGCUUGUUGUGUUUCCGUUAGAGCUUGUUGCUGCUUCGAUUACUAUUGAAUAUUGGAAUCAUACCAUUAAUCCUGAUGCGUUUGUGGUAAUAUUUUACGUGCUAGUGGUGUUUAUAAACUUGUUUGGUUCUAGAGGUUAUGGUGAAGCUGAAUUUGUCUUUUCGUUAAUUAAAGUAUUGGCGGUAGUAGGUUUCAUUAUUCUCGGUAUCAUUCUUGUGUGCGGUGGUGGUCCUCAUGGUGGAUACAUCGGUGGUAAAUACUGGCACGAUCCUGGUGCUUUUGCUUCUGGUGUCAAGGGUGUUAUUAGUGUAUUUGUCAAUGCUGCCUUUUCUUUCAGUGGCACCGAGCUUGUUGGUUUGGCCGCUGCCGAGACUGAUAACCCCAGAAAGACCCUCCCCAGUGCCGUUAAGCAAGUAUUCUGGCGUAUCACUCUUUUCUACAUUGUCGCACUUGCUCUUGUUGGUCUUUUGGUUCCUUAUAACGACCCCAAGCUUUUGCAGGCCACUUCUUCUGUCGAUAUCACUGCUUCUCCUUUCGUCAUUGCCAUUUCCAACGCAGGUAUCCGUGGUCUUCCCAGUGUCAUUAACGUUGUCAUUCUCAUCUCUGUGUUGUCUGUUGGUAACUCUGCUGUGUAUGGAUGUAGCAGAACCUUGUGUGCCAUGGCCGUUCAAGGAUUCGCCCCCAAGUUCCUCGGAUACAUUGACCGCAAGGGUCGUCCUCUUUUCGCCGUUAUUGGUACUUUGAUUUUCGGUCUUCUCUGUUUCAUUGCUGGUUCUGGCAAGCAGAACGAGGUUUUCAACUGGUUGUUGGCUUUCUCUGGAUUGUCUGCUCUUUUCACUUGGGGAUCCAUCUGUGUGUGCCACAUCCGCGUCCGCAGAGCCAUGGCUGUGCAAGGAGUCAGCACUGACGAGCUCGCUUUCACUGCCGCUCUCGGUGUGUGGGGCAGUUGGUUCGGUUUCCUGCUCAACUUCGUCAUCAUCUGUCUUGAAUUCUGGUUGAGUUUGUACCCCGUCGGCGCAGCCACCCCCAACGCCCAAGACUUCUUCCAGUCAUAUUUAUCCGUGCCUCUUGUCCUUGCCAUGUACAUCGGUCACAAGAUCUACUCGCGCUCGGGCUUCAUCCGCGCCAAGGACAUCGACCUCUUCACCGGUAUCAGAGAGCUCGACAGAGACCUCCUGAGACAAGAAAUCGAGGAGGAGCGCGCCUACAUUAAGAGCAAGGGCUGGUACUACAGAAUCUACAAGUUCUGGUGCUAA